UGAAGCCGGCGGGCAGCAGGACCCAGAGGAGCUCUGCUGCAGCGGGGAGCACCCUGACCUGCAAACAUGGCGGACCAAAACAAGCCGGACAGCGGCGCGAAGUUCUUCAGUGAGAUCCUGAGCCCGUCUGAACUGUUCGCAGCCCGAUCCAGGAGCCACAAGAUCCCCGUCAGAGGACAGAAAGAUUUCUUCCCCAACGACUCGGACGAGCAAAGACGGCGGCUCGAGCAGAGUCUGGACGAACACUGGAGCCUCCUUUCAGAGGAGAGAGUGGAGAAGCUAGGAAACCUGGUGAAGGCCACAUGGAUCCCAAGUGAGCAGAGAGUGGAGCUUCAGUCUCCAGCUGGGAAGUUUUGGCAGACGAUGGGCUUUUCUGCCAACGGCAAGCAGCAUCUCCUCCCUGAAGAGGCUCUGUACCUGAUGGAGUGUGGGAACCUGCAGGUGUUUUACUGGGACCUGCCGCUGUCCAUCCAGGACGGCUACGAGAGGUUUCUGUCCUCGAGCACAGUGAGCCUUCAGCAGUACCAGGUGUUCGGGCAUUUGAAGAGGCUUGGCUACGUGGUGCACAGAUUCGAUCCCAGUUCGGUGCCGUCGUCGUACGCGAGGCAGCUCAACCUCCCGCCGUCACGUGACAGAGCGGGGAAACAACUGAAGAGGAAGCGCAGCGCCAGCCCCACCCUAACAACCAGUCGCACUGAAGUUCAGGACGAGUCCACGGCUGUCAGAAUGGAGGAGGAUAAAUGCGAUGAAGAGAAGGAUAAAAAACUUCUCGAGUCACACCUGACGUCGUCUCCGGGGACUUCAGGAACGCAGACUGCCGCUCAGAGUUCAGCAGAUGAAGACGGGAGCAGGACUUGGUGGAUGACGGAUGUUCUCAGGGACCGAUCAGAUCCCCGGUCCGCCUCUGGCUGCACACACUGGGACUUCAGGUCCAUCCCGUUCCCUGACCUGGGCUCCAGCGAGCACCACUCCAGCAGCCUGUCCCCUCCAGACCCUUCUCUGCUCCCCGGGUCUUUGGCUGUGGGAGCCUGUGACGUUGCCCCCUGGAGGCGGAGGAUAAACUUGCGGGAGGUGAAGAUGUCCUCAAAGGAGCAGACGAGGGAAAGGGACAAGCACCGGUGGGACAUCAACAGAGACAGAGAGGUUCGGCGCUGCAGAAACUGGGCUGAGUAUCGGGAGCUCCUGGCGAGGCGGGAGGGGAAGCGUAAGGGCCGACCGGCACACUUGUGGAACAGAGAAGUCACUCCACUACAUGACCCAAGACGACCAAUAACCACUGAGGAGCUGUUGGAUAAAAUCAGUGUGACUGAGUCUACACAUUUGCUGGAGGGAGCGUCCAGGUUAAAAGCUUCAGCUGAGUGGAGGAUUUGUUUCAAUGUUUACCAACCUGACACGGUGGCUGACUUCAAGAAGAGCAGCCCGGGGAAACCUUACUCCCGCAUGUGUGUGUGCAGUUUCGACGGCCCGGUUCCCGACCUGCGAGCCAUCAAGCUGCUGGCCUUCCAGAGCGGAGACGUCCCGGUGGUCUUUGCCGUGGUGGAUCACGGAGACAUCUCCUUCUACACUUUCAAAGACUUCCAGCUGCCAACUGACGUGCACCCCUGAAACCUCACUGCUCCGUCCAUAUCUGGGACUUUUAUAUGAAAUGAUAUGACCAGUGAUGGAUGUUACAGAUGAGGAAAACCAAGAAGAAGCUCCUUUGUGUGUGUCUGCUCAGUGAUUUUACAGUUUUAAUCCCAAAGUCUGAUCUGUGAGGAACGUUUGCAUAGCCGCCUGACGCUGUGUCCAUUUCGAUAAAACCGUUGCAGUGACAAUAAACUUGACAGAGAGAAUUUUUCUUUAUUCACGUUUGGGGCAAACGAUGAUCUGUUAAACUGAGCAGAUAUGUUCAUUCUUAUGUUAUUGUUAUGACAGAUUAAAUACUUCUUACUUACAUUCCUGGUGGGAAAUGAAUUGCUGCCACGA